AUGGGAAAGCAUGGGUCGAAUGAGUAUCAAUCGAGAUUCGCUGAAAUUCGAAGAUCGAGUUUAGGAGAUUAUACUUGGGAGAAAGCUAUAUGGGCCAAAGGGUUUAAUAAGAACAGUACUUGUAAAGGAGUUAGUGCUGAUUCGUUUAUUUUUUCAUUUUUCGAUCCGGGUUAUCCCAAUAAUAGCCAAAAUUCAAGAAAAAGUUACACACCGAAGGAAGAGAACACUGCAAAUGGUGAUCGUGAGAAAAGUGUGGUUAUGCAUCCUCGACUCUUACAUAUGGCAUCUGUUUCGCUUGCAGAGAGAGAGCUAGAGCAAAAAGAGUCAAAAUUUUGGAAGGAAACAAAUCUGCAAGCAACUAUGUGGAGGCCUUGUGCAGAUAAGAAAGUUAAAAGGGCAGGGACAGUGAAUAACAACAAUGGUUAUAUUCUGGUUAGUGCAAAUGGAGGACUAAAUCAACAGAGAGUUGCUGUUUGCAAUGCUGUUGCUGUAUCAUCUCUGCUAAACGCGACUUUAGUAAUUCCCGAAUUUCUUUACAGCAAUGUAUGGAAAGACCCAAGCCAGUUCAAAGACAUAUAUCAAGAGGAGACAUUUAUCAACACAUUCAAUGAAGAUGUUAAAAUCGUGAAAGAUCUUCCUUCGAAUAUGAAAUCGCUCGACUUAGAAGCCAUUGGCAGUGUAGUGACUGAUGCAGACCUCUCGAAAGAGGCAACUGUUCGUGAAUAUAUAACAAAAAUACUACCGAUUUUAUCUCGUAACAAAAUCGUCUAUUUUCUUGGAUUUGGUAAUCGACUCGGUUUCGAGGGGUUGCCUUUUAAUCUUCAGAGACUUAGAUGCAAAUGUAAUUUCCAUGCAUUGAAAUUCGUGCCAAAAAUCCAGAAAACCGGCUCGUUAUUGGUUAAUAGAAUAAGGAAAAAACACGGUGCUGCAAGGAGCGUGUUAGACGAACAGCUUCUCGAAAGCUUUGCAUCAUCCUCUGAUCCUCAUAAUGAACAUUUCGAAAUAUCAAGGCCUUCGAGAAAAUAUCUAGCUCUGCAUUUGAGGUUCGAAGUUGAUAUGGUAGCUUAUUCGAUGUGUAAUUUUGGUGGCGGCGAAAAAGAAGCCCGAGAACUUCAAGCCUAUAGAGAAGAGCAUUUUCCUCUCCUCCUCGAGCGCCUCAAGAAAACAACACAACUUUCGCCGGAAAAGUUGAGAAAGAUGGGAAGAUGCCCUCUUACACCAGAAGAAGCUGCACUUGUGCUCGCCGGACUUGGAUUUGAUCGCGACACGUAUAUCUAUCUCGCCGGCUCACAAAUCUACGGUGGAAAAUCGAGAAUGAAUCCUUUAACAAGUCUCUACCCGAAUAUCGUGACGAAAGAGGAUCUUCUUUCCCCAAGUGAACUUGCACCUUUCAAGAACUUUUCUUCUCAGCUUGCGGCUUUGGACUUGAUCGUGUGUGCCGUUUCGGAUGUAUUUGCAAUGACAGACUCGGGCAGCCAGCUUUCAUCGUUAGUUUCGGGUUUUCGGGCUUAUUACGGCGGAGGGAAUGGGCCCACAUUGCGGCCGAUCAAGAAGAGGCUGGCGGCAAUCUUGCCGGAAAACGGCACGUUAAGGUGGCACGAAUACGAAAGCAGAAUAAGGAAGAUGAUUGAAGAAGGACAAAGAGUGCAGCAAAUUACAGGUUCCAAUAGAAGCAUUUACAGACAGCCCAGGUGCAAAGAGUGCAUGUGUAAAAAGUAUCAGUAAAAAGUAAAAAGUAUCAGUGU